AUGGACGCAACACGGACCAAAUACUCUGGUCUGCGCAGCAACGCUUUAAGUCGAACACACCUAUUGUUUGGGUGCUCUGAAUUGAGUGUCUCUGUCCAUCUGUGUCUCCAGAUCAGGUCUAUGCAGGUGUCUCUGGAGGCUCUGGAGAGCGCGGUGCUCAGCGUCAGGACUGAUCUGGAGCGCACCGGCCGAGCCGCACAGAAAGGAGAGGACAACACCCGGCGGCUGGAGGACUCGCUCCAGAACCUCCAGAGCAAGAUCGCCCAGGAGCUGACGCAGGCCAUCCGGGAGGUGAAGGAGGUGCGGGAGAAGCACGCCUCGUCCCUGGAGGAGCGCCUGUCCCAACUGAGCCGCUCCACAGCCGAGUCCUCCGUCCAGCAGAGCCGGUUCCAGAGCGAGCUGCAGGAGCUCAGGGCUCGUCUGGAGCAGCAGGACACUCCGGCGCUCCUCAGGCAGGAGCUGGAGUCCCUCAGCAGCGCCGUAGCCACGCUCCACACCGCCAGCGAGGUGUCCGAGGGGAACACGGCUGUGCUGCGCGAGCAGAUUGCAGCGGUGAGCGCCGAGCAGCAGACUAGGAACAGGGAGGUGGCGUCUGUGUCCGAGGACGUGGAGGCCGUGAGGACGCUGCUGCAGAGCGCCGCAGGGAGCCUGAGGGACGAGGUGUCCGCAGCUCGAGCCGACGCUCAGGGCGCCUCGGACCAGAUCCAGAGCCUCAGCGACCGGCUGGAGCACACCAGCACCGCCCUCCAGAGCCUGGAGACGCACUCCAGAGACCAGCUGCUCCAGCUGGAGAAGCACAGAGAGGACGUGGAGGUCCGGCUGAAGAGUGUGGAGGAGAGCCAGGAGGGCAUGGAGUCCUCGUUGACGGAGCAGACCAACAGACUGAACGCUCUCGCGGCCAAGCACGAAUCCCAGCAGCGCUCGCUGGGUGAUUACAAGACGACCGCCGAGACAGAGAGCCAGGUGCUGAGAGACGGACUGGACGGCUUGAGGAGCCGCCUGGAGGAGCUGCAGACCCAAGUAUCUGAACUGGACGCUGGUCAAGAGAAAGAAGCAGUCGAUGCAUUUAAAAACGUUACUUAGCGAGCCCGAGAUGAGCUGCUGGAGGCAGAAGCGGUCGUUCAGGAUGAUGGGUGCUGUGGGCGGUGGAAUCGUGAAAGCUCUCUAUCAGAGCGAUGAAUGGGUGAACUGCGGUCUCUUCAGCCGAGACACAACUGCACUGUAGUUCAUAGCUGCUCAGAGGUUUUCCAGGGCUAUCGGUCAUUCUCGCUCUGAACUAAUCACCAUUGUAGCGGUUUUCCAAUAAAAUUAUUAAAACCCUUCCACACUAGCAUGUCUUUAUCUAAU